CAUUGUUCGUUUCAAAACGCAGUUACUAACUUUUGCUUCAGAUUUUCUUCAAUUGUGAACAAUAAAAACCUUAAAAAUAUACCUUAAUAAUAAAUAUAAAAUAUAUUAACUAUAAUUUGUUUAAACAAAUUGCCUACAUAUUACAUAAAUAAUAAUAGAAAUAUGUUUAUAAAUAAUUAUUAUAGAAAUGUUCUAUAUAAAAGGAAUAAAUGAAUGAAUGGUCUUGUGUGAAAAAUGUAUUGAGUGUUUAAGAGUAACCACUACAGCAGCACUAUGCUGGGUCUCUUGUGUGUUAUAUGAAGAAAAAAGCAAAUAGACGAAUAUUAUCUUUUGUUUGUAUAUAAAAAACAAUAUUAAAGAAAAAUAAGCAAUUUCAAAACAGAAUUAAAAAAAAACAUAUAAAACAUGAAAUAAAUGAAUGAAUUAAAAUGUAAAUAGUGCAAGUUAAUAUUGAAUAAUAAAAAAAUUUACGUGAGAAAAGAAACACAUAUAUAAUGAAAGGUUGUAAAAAAAGGAACAAGUGAAUGAAGUGACAAAGAAGAGAGAGAGGUAGAUAGAUAGUAGAAUAUCAAGUUAAAAGAAGGAAAAACUAUUACCAACUGAAAAAGAAAACCUAAAAUGGUAAUUCGGCAAUACUAAUGUUCGUAAGAAAAAUUAUAUAUGUAAAAAAAUUUAUAUAAAAGAAAGAACUUAUAAUUUAUGGUGGAAAAAAUCAGAAAUUCCAAACGAAAAAAUCCAAAUGAAAAGCUUGCUGCUGACCUCCUCCUUCAAAUGGUGCAGCCGUUUUAAUUAAAUAAUUUUGACAGUGAUAACAUUUUAUUAAGAAAAAUACUAUAUGAGAAAAAGUUAGAAUAAUAUUCUUAAGCAAGUCGUAUGGUUGGUCAGGGCCCAGGAUAAAAAGCAAAUCACGAAACAUUUACGAUAAUUAUGAACAGAAAUACAAAGCAAUAUUUAACAAUGUUUAAGACAUUGACUGAACUCUGCCUGCAUGAGCUCUGUAGUCAUCAUUAGGGGUCGUUGGGCAGGUACAAAAAGCCAAAAAAUAUGUUUUUGUCUCAUCGCAGUCUAUUAGCUCUGCUACAGAUGUGAAUUUUUGUCAGCCAGUCAGUCAAAGAGUCAUUUAGUCAGACAGCAGGCUCAACCAACAGGACAAAAUAAUGAAAACGGAAAUUUUCGAUUUAGAGGCUGCUGUAACGAAAAAAUCGACAACAACAAUAAAAACACCGGGAAUAUUUUUUAGUAGUAACCAACAACAACUCACAACGAACCCAAAUGCAAGUGGACCACGACCACAGCAACAACACCAACAACAAAUUUACACUAAAACAGCUGAUUUGAAUAGAUAUUUUACGGUAUUUAGUAGUGGCAACAUGGAGGCUACUACCACACAUAUAAAUCUCAUCGAUGAUGAGGACGAAAAAGAUCCCUUAGCUUUGGAUACGUCGUCGGGUGAGCGUAGUUCUACCGAAGACUCUUUAGGCAGUGCCCCCUCCACCUCAAAGCAUUCCCACAGUUUAAGACGUCAUGUACCCCGUAUUAUUGUUAAACCCAUACUACCCGAUAAGAAACAAACAUUGGGCGCUACGACAGGCUCUACGGCGGCCAAUGCCAGUUCACCAUCUUCCUCAUCAUCGUCGGCGUCAGUGCAAGUUAAUUGUAGUCCCACAUCUGGUAGAACCAGCAGCAGUAGACGUAUACAACAACAGCAACAGGCUAAACAAGCAGCUGCAGCAGCAGCAGCCGCUGCAGCAGCGGCGGCGGCAGCUUCUGCUGCUGCCAAUGCUGCCACCGCCAUUACCCAGGCUUCUACCAUGCGUGAGGUCUUAGCUUCGAUCCCUGGUUUUAGCUUAAAGCCCCGCCGAAGAUCCUCAAAGAAAAUAUCAACUGCCGCACAAAUAGAACAGACCAAAGAUGGUAAAAUUGAUCUGGAGACACCAGAUUCAAUAUUGGCAUCGACAAAUCUGCGUGCUCUGCUUAAUAAGCAGACAUUUUCUUUGCUCCCACCUCUGUACCAGUAUAAUCUCAUACAACUGUUACCCAGUGUAGAUCGCGAGACCAUUGAAAUGGAACAGAAAUGCCCUGCCAAUACCAUACCCACAGAGGCUAUACGACUGGGUCCCUCAAGUCUUAAUAAUGAGUUUUUUGCGAGAGCAUGUCUGGAGUGGCGUGAACGUUUGGGCGAAGGCGAAUUUACACCCGAAAAUCAAAUGAAACUAAAAACGGAGGCUGAGCGAGAAAAAAAUAAAUUGGAUCCUUGGAAAUUGAAGCAUUUUGAACCCAUAUGGGGUGAAAAGUCAUUCAAUCGUGCCAGUAGUAGUCGUACUACAACAACAACCAGUAGCGCCUCCGCCACCACCGAUGUUUGUGUAAAUAAUAAAGUUAAAGUGGAGGUGGCAGCCGAUAAAUUGGAUACUAAUAGCAGCACAACUUCCACUUGUACCAUAAUUGUAACACAAACCACAACAAUCUCAACGACAACAGCCACAGAAGCAGCAGAAACAAAAAUUACAGCUGCUCCAAAAACAACAGCAAUAUCAGCAGCAACCACCAGUGCCUCGAAUUAUGUAAAAAACGAAGCAUUAUCCUCAAAUUCGCCUACAUGCUCGCUUAACUCAUCCACCACAAAUUCCUCCUCCUCAUCAUCAUCAUGUUCAUUAGAUGAACUAGUUGUUGCUAGUAGCUUGACGGAAAAAGCAACAAGUCGUGCUACCAGUUCACCAAACAAGCAGCAUAAGAAUAACUUUCAAAUUCAAGACGUUGAAGAUGAUGAUGACGAUGAUGUAGUAGAAUGUAUUGAAACAACGAUAACACCUUCAUCUUCAGCAUUAGCAGCAUCAUCAUCUACAUCAUCAUCACUAUCAUCCUCUAAAAUAAAUACAUUGAAACAUGAAAAUUAUGAUAAAAAGACUGAAAGUAAACAAGAAAAUUUUAAAAAAGAAAUGGAAGAAAAUGAUAGAAUACUACAAGAUCUACCAACAUCAUCUGCCAACGCCAUUAAGCUAAUACAAGAAGGCCAGAGACGAGGCACUAAACGAUCCUCUAAUAGUCCUACAAACAGUAAAGACUUUAGUGACACAGCUGCAACAGCUGGUGAGGCUGCUGCUAACCUGGCUAAGGCAAAUAAAACUAACUGCAGUGAAAGUAAUCUUAAAGAAAAUGUUCCUACUGAAGUGAAUAGUUUGAAUAGUAGUAGUGAUGAUGUUAUUUGUCUCGAUGGUCCAACGACAAGUAAAAAAUUGAAAAUAGAAAACACAGAAAACAAUAGCAGCGCUAGUGGCAGUGGUUCAAACAGCAGCAAUAGUAUUUGUCAAAUCGAUGCUACAAAUGAUGUUGAUGACGAUGAUGAUAAUGAUAAUGAUGUGACGGAGCAUGUAAUGGCUCCACCUAAUCCCCAUACAGUCCAGUACCUAGACGAGCAAAAUAAUGCAGCCACAAUGAUGAUGACAUUGACAAUGAAUAAGCAACAUGAAUAUGUUGUUAAUAAUUCCUCUAAUUCCAAUUCGAACUCUAAUUCUGCCACUAAUUCCUGCUCCUCUUCACCGCCUCCUGCUGCAAUGUCUGCAACAAUAUCAACUGUUAACAGUACCUGUGAUAGUAAUUUGCCCUUUGCUAUAGAAAUGAUGGGCAGUGAUGAGACCACAAAUCUAAGAGUUGAACAGCAAUUGCUACAGCAACACCAAGACCAACAAACAACAUAUACUCAUAAUACGCCUGAAAUGGAGAAUCAACAGCAUCCACAGGAUACAAUGAUUUUAACAAAUUCAAUGCAGCUGGAUAACUGCACCGAUCAAUUAUUACACAAUCCUUAUAAUAACAAUAAUAAUAACAACAACAACAAUAACAAUUUAGACGAGGAUGAAGAUGAUGUUAUUGAACAAAAGUUUAACGAUGCUGAAAACUAUGUUUUAGAAUCAGGAGAAGUUAGCACAGAUGAUAGUGGCAAUGAUUCUAAAUUAAAUGCAAAAACUAAUUUUCAUUGUGUUACAACUGCAACAACAGCAUCUACAAAUGUUGUGGCAACCACACCACCUCCACCCACCACCACCAACACUGAUAGUGUUGUUAAUAAUGCAGAUUUUUUAUUUACUAACUCUUUAGAUAAUGUGAUUGUAACGCAUGAGCAGCAACAUUGUGAAGGAAACAAUAGCAACAAUAAUAUUAGCAGAAGCAACAACACGCUAAUGGCAACAAUAUCAGCAAGUCUACAGCAAGCCACAACAUCUUCGACAUUAUCCUCUUCGUCAUCUUCGUCUGCCUCAUCACCAUUGACUUCGACGACUUUAUCUUCAUCAUGCUCCUCAUCAAAUUCAGCAUCGACAACUACAUUGGGCAAUGUCAAGCCUAUGAUAACAUCGGUAGUCUCGCUUACCGGUUCACCUUUGGUCAAAGAACAAACGCCUCAAUUAGGUCUGCCCAUGGAGACAACAGCCAGUGAGAUAUUCCAUCAUUUGCAGCAUGAUUGGAAUUUCGGAGGUAUGAAAUUAGAUGGACAACAAGGAACUGGGGUGGCGGCAGCGCCUCAAGCAAUGGUGGUGGAGCAUGAUGAGCAACAAAACAUGACGACUGGUAGUUUUUGCAAUAUGUUGCAACAAGCAGACCUGAGCAGUGGGAUGGGUGGCAGUACUGGAAGUUCGGGUUCUAUAGCCACCGAAAUUGUACAGGAUGAUAGUCAUACAACUGGUGGAGAUUGUAUACUACAAGAUGCCGUAGCUGAUUUAAUUGAUGAUAACAGUGCUGAAGAUAAUGUUGAUAAUGUCGAUGAUGAAGCGGAGGCAGAAGAAGAUGAGGAAGACUUGGAUGAUAAUGAUGCGGUAAGAGAUAUUGUUGAUGAACUGCAGCAGCAGCACGAACAAAUUAUGCAACUACAGCAGCAACAACAACAACAGCAGCAGCAACAGCAACAACAUCAGUUGCAACAGGUGGAAAUAGAACAUUUUCAGCAACAGGAACAUCAACAUCAGCGACAGCAACAACAAAUUCAUCAACAGCAGCAGCAUCAACAGCAAUUGGAACGUCAUGUUCAAAACCAUCAACAACAACAUCAUCAUCAUGCUCAACUCAAUGAAUAUGUAGGAGAGUUGGCCUCAUCUGAUGUACCCAUGUCUAUAACGGAAAUGGAGGUAACUAGCACGGUUUUAACAAAUACAAAUUCCAACGAUAGUACCAACGAUAUAAGCAUGUGCAGCAGUACAAGUAGUACUGGAAGUCUGACAGCUGCCAAUCUAGUACCCUCUUCAUUAGCCCAACUACAGCUGCAGACAUCGCAACAUCAUCAGCAGCAGCAACAGUUGCAUACGACAGCACAACAACAACAGCAGCAGCAACAUCAUCAAGCAAUACACAACACAGCAACUCAACAACGACAAAUAUUGGUGGAUUCUAAUGGACAAAUCAUUGGCAACUUUUUGGUACAACAACAACCCACAAAUCAACACCAUCAAACUCAGGCAGCCACACAACCAACACAACAACAGCAACAUCUACAGCAUCAGCAACAACAACAACAGCAGCAGUUAUUGCAACAGGCAGCUCAACAAUUUAGCUUUCAACAGCAACAUCAGAGCCAAACAACACCUAAUCAACAAACGAAUUCAGUGGCCGCCUUAGCGGCAGCCCAACAACAGAAUUCAGUAGCAUUUGCGGCAGCAGCUGCCGCUAGACAACAACAAAGACAACAAUUGGCUCAAAAAAUGUUGCCUCUGGUGAGAAAAACUUUUGAACAUCAAAUGAACACCAAUGGGGCGCAACAUUUUAUAGCAAAUUCCUCAGCUUUAGCACAAGCCCAACAGCAGCAGUCAAGUCAUAUAGAACAGGCGCAUCAGCAAAUGCAACAGUUCUCAUUGACCCCUCAGCCGCCACAACAACCACAACACCAGCCACAAAACCAGCAGCGUACAUUCAUAACAAACUCAGCAGCGACUGCACAAGCCAACAACAAUAGUCUAACUGCCACAGCAAAUAAUUUGCUAGCAGCAACACAACAACACCAGCAGCAAUUACAAUUGCAACAACAAUUACAACAGUUGCAACAACAGCAUCAUCAUUUAAAUACUUUUCAAACUGUAAACAAUCAACCACAACAGCCUCAUAACCAACAACAGCAAUUAUCACCACAUCAUCAAACACAACAGCAGCAGACACACCACAACACAACUACUCUAACGCCCAAAUUCAUUCCCAAACAAUUGAGUAUUAUAUCAAUGCCUUCGCGUAGUCCAACAACAGCUACAAUACCCGCAAGUAUUGCCGCCUCAACAACAGUUGCCAUUCCGUCCACUGCCGUCGUAGCCGCCUCCAAUACAGCCGCUAACACCAUGUACAAUAGCAGCAACAGCACCAGCAGUAACAAUAAUAUAAAUAUCCUUAAAACCGCCUUACCCAUAUCUGGAGUGCCUACGACAAUUGCCCAGCAAAGGUCAGCAGCUAAAGCUUCGUCGGGCAAAGGACGUAAAUCAACUACAAAUAAACUACCACCUGGUGCUGUUAAUCUAGAGCGUAGCUAUCAAAUUUGUCAAGCUGUCAUUCAAAAUAGUCCCAAUCGUGAAAAUCUUAAGGCACAAUUAAGGCCACCAGCUGCUCUCUUAAGUCAACAACAACAGCAGCAGCAACAACAACAGCAGCAGCAGCAGCAACAACAAAUGCAACAGCAGCAAAUGCAACAAAAUAAUGAUAGAUCUUUAGCGUCUCAACAGCAAAAUGUGCGUUCUUCACAUAUGGACAAAGAUAAACAUGAACGUAAUCACAAAAGCAGCCACAAAUCUCCAACACGCAUUAAUUCCAGCAGUCGUUCAUCGGCCAGCAGUAGUAGUAGUCGUUCUAGCAAAAGUUCUCAACGUGAUAAAGAACGUGAACGUGAUAGAGAACGUAAACGUAGUGAAUCAAAAAGUUCUACCACAUCAUCAUCAUCAUCUAGUUCAAAUUCUACUAAUAUGGAACGCAAAAAAGGAUUUUCUAAAACUGAUAAAACAACUUCAAAAUGUGAUAAAGAUGCUUUUGAAAUUGCACCAUUGUCAACAGCAUUUAAACGUAAAUCAACAUCACCAACAUCAUCACCCAAUAAAAAUCGUGAUUCUAAACGUUCUAGUAGUCAUAAAACACGUAAUAUAUCACGUAGUAAAACAAGAUCACGUAGUCGUUCACCAGAUGAUAAAACAUCAAGAAUACAAUUUGGUGAUGUUGAUCUUAGACGUACAUCAGCAUCAACAACAUCAUCAUCAACAACAACAUCUUUAAUGAUAAAUUCACCAGAAAAACGAUCAAAAAUAAUAAUAGAUUCUGAACAAGAAAUUUGCAAUAAAAAUAAUAAUAAAAAAGAGGAUUUAUUAAAAACAACAACAAUAGUGGCCAGCAGCAACAACAACAACAACAACAAUAGUGAAAAAGAUCUAGACAAAACAACGGCCGUAACAGAACCGAUGACAGGUUUAAAGGACAUAGAUUUAAGACCACAAUUUAUUGUAAACACACCAACAGCUACAGUAUCAACGGUGGUGGUGGCGCCCACAACAAAUACAACAAUUGAACAAGAUUUUAACUCCUCCAUUAACAAAUCAUUGUUGUUGUCCUCAUUCUCUAAUAAUAAAAAAACUUUAGAUUUAAAUAGUAAAUUUAUAACGAAUUCCAUGACAUCGUCGUCAGCAGCUACAAACUCGAAUUUCUUUAUAAAUCUAGACGAAUACGAUCUAAAAAAGACAGCAACGACAACGACGACAAACGUGCAAGCGACAAGUGCUGAAAGUGUAGUAGCUACGACAACAUCAUCACCUAAAGUGUCGUUUAAAAUACAAAAAAUUUUUAAUAAAUUAGAAAAAUCUACAGAAAAUAUACUAUCACCAGAAACAACAACAACACCACCAACAACUGCAGCUGCAGCGCCUCUCAAUACAAAUCGUUCGAGUACGGAAACUCUUAAGGAAACGGAAACUUUGUUGAAGAAAGAUGAGUUAACCGCCGCCGGCAGCCAAGUAAGUAAAGAUGUUGAAGAGGAUGGCAAGAAAAGACCUUUGGCUCCGGUCAAAGAUGAAGAACCCCUGGCUAAAAAGAGUAAAUCGGCUAAACUGGAUGCAUUAUUUGGCUCGGAAGAUGUAGAUUUGAGACAAUUAAUACCACCUGUUUUAACCGCUCCUGCUUCGCCACAAGAUGAUAUACCUCCUCCUCCACCAGCCAUUAAUAUUACCGCUGAUGUGUCCAGAGAAAGCAAUGAAAAUUGGGAUAAUCUUAAGACUGAUAGCAAUAAGAAUGCUAACACCAAAGCUAAAUCAAGUCUUGAGGAUGUGCGUGCUAAACUGGCUAAAACCGCUAAAUUUAAUAAGCUUUCCAAAUUAGAUAAACUUACACGUGACAUUGAUCAUCGUAAUAAAUUGGCUGAAUUGCAAAUGAAUGAUGAUACCCAGGAGGCAAAUGAUGAGAAAAUACGCACUAUGAUUACCCAAGCACAAGAACUUCUAGAAACCAAAUCGAUUAGUCAAGAUCAAUAUAAACAUUUGGUCAAAACUGUAAUGUCCAUAAAUGAAACUAAUAAACUGAAAGAAGCCCAAAGGCGAGAAUCACUAAAUGCCAUUAAACAAAAACAUAACGCAGAUGAAGGUUCCAAUGAUUCUUCGGAACGUAAUAUAGCCAUGCAGGCGAUAUUAAAGAAACGUAUACCCAAGUUAAAUAAGGGACAAACGGCGGUGGGCGCUGAACAAAAUACAGAUUCACAACAAAGUGAGGGAAGUAAUGGCAAUAAUGAAGGUUCACCAAGAGCGGCAGAGGAUAAGCAAGAUGUUAGUGAGGAUCUGCAGCAAGUUGCCAACCGCACAAAUAGAGGUCAGAGAGAAAAACGUGGCCCCAAAGUGUCUAAAUGGGGUGAACGUGUUAUUGAACCGCCGACGGGUGUUAAUAUGCCUAUGGGACCGCAACAAGGACAGCAAGGACGUCCUUGGAAUCCUUUAAUGGCUGGCAAUAAAAGAGGUAUGCCACAAUUUCGUGGCAAUGGACCACAAAAUGUACGUCCAUCUUGGCCCAUGGCUGGUGGUAAUAUGAAUGGCCCACCCCAGGGACCACCACUUUAUGGCAAAGGUAAUAUGGGUCCUAUACGUGGCAAUAAUAUGCCUCCUGUGGCACCACCACAAGCACCUGUCAUACCUAAACCCUGCAAUUCCAUUGACAAUCCUCAAGAGGAUCUAGUGCGCACCAUAACCAUUGAUGGCGCUGCCAAAGAAAUUCGUUUCUAUGAUCAAGUUGCUAUUGUUUUUAUGGAGGUCGAUCAACCGCGGGAAAUAGGUUUCCAAAAUGGUCAACGAGCCAUUUGUAUAGACAACAACGAACCAGUGGUAUUGCACUUCAAUGCCGGCUAUAAAGCCGUACAAAUUGAUGGUGAAACAUUUAAUCUACGUUUUGGUUUUCCCUCACGAGAACUGUACAUUGAUGAGCACUGGUAUGAAAUCUAUUUUGGUGGCCCACCCAUAAGUGUACCCAUACGUAAUAAAAUACAUAUGCUCAAGGCCGAAGGACCACCACCUCAAGUAAAUAUUGGUCCUUUGCGUCGAGAUUUGGUAGUGGGUAAGAUAAAUAUGAUUGUAGAUGCUCACAAUGUUAUUCCACUGUUUUUGGAUGCACGCAUGCAAACCUUUAAAUUAGGAGAUAAUGAACACACCAUACAGUUUGCCGACAGCCUUCUAACAGUUAUACUCGAUGGCACACCCACUCGGGUUGAAUAUGGUGGUUUGCCUAAGAGUUUAUUUUUGGGCGGUAAGAAAUAUUUUGUACGUUUUGGUGCCUUGCCUCAGGGUGUGGUAGCGGGUAAAGUACAAAUCAAGGAUAUGUUGUAUGUAGAAACACAACCACCAGCUAAAGAGGAGUUGCCUAUUGAAACAAUGGACACUUUACCAGUCACUGCAACAACUGAUAUAAAUAAAGUGGAAUUGCAAACAACACCGGCAGCACCUUCUGUACCCAUACUGCCAGCAGCGGCUCUUAGUAAUAUUAACAUAGAUGAACUUUUCCAGAAACUAGUAUCCACUGGUAUAUUGGGUGGUGCUAGUGGUAUAUUGCCAGCUAUUAAUACUAAGACAUCGGAAGUUACUCCCGUGGACACUGCUAAAUCCACAGAAAGUGAUAAAACGGUAAAUAUAGUUUCUUCAGAAUCGAAUACAAACGAAGAAGUUGCCCCACCAGCACCGUCUGUACACAUGGAACCCAUUAAGCCCAUAGAUCUUUCGAAACCGGAAUCCAUUAAAACGCGCCAAUCAGCCAUAGUGGAGACACUUUUCUCCGGUAUGCAGUGCAGUAGUUGUGGUGUACGCUUUCCACCCGAACAAACCAUUAAAUACAGUCAACAUUUGGAUUGGCAUUUCCGACAGAAUCGUCGUGAGCGUGAUUCUUCACGCAAGGCUCAUGCACGUAAAUGGUAUUAUGAUCUCAACGAUUGGGUGCAAUACGAAGAAAUCGAAGAUAUGGAAGAAAGAGAAAAGAACUUCUUCGAUUCACAACAAAACGAUCCAGAGAUCAUGGAUGAAACCUCCAAUCAACGUUCCACCAACUCACCCAUACCCACUUGCCCCGCAGGUGCGGAUGAUGUUGAUCGUGCCUGUGAUAUGUGUCAAGAGAAAUUCGAACAAUAUUAUGAUAAUGAACUGGAAGAAUGGCAUUUACGUUGUGCCAUUAGGAUUGAGGAUAAAAUCUAUCAUCCAUUGUGCUAUGAAGACUACAAGGCAUCACUUAAUCCUCCUGCCAAAACAAGUGAAACAGAGGAAGAAACUGCUAAUAAUGACAACAAUGAAAUAUCACUUAUACAAAUCGAUGAUGAUAAUGCUGUCGAUAUUGUUAUAAAAGUGGAGGAAGAGGAUAAAGAUACUAAGGGUAAACCCACCAAUUCAUUAGAUGAUGAGGAUGACGAUGAUGUUAUUGUUUUGCCCAACGAAGAGCCUUCGGUUACCGAAAUCGUGGACGAUGAUGAUGACGACGAUGAAUAUGUGCCGGCUAAUGUGACACGAGAACACAUGGGUAAUAUGAAUGAAGAGGAUGAGGGUCAGGGCGAACUCAACGAAACUACAGAAUCUGAUGUGGAAAUACAGGAACCUCAUAUACCAUUUACGGAUUUGGAUACCUAUGUAGAAAAAGAGUUACCCGAAGGAGAUGAGGCUUCACAAAUGUCCUUUAUGAAUGUUAAGAUAAAGGAGGAGCCCAAGGAGGAUGAAGAUGAGGAUGAUGGUUUUGAGGAAGUGGGUACUGUAGUACAAGCACCCGAAGAGGUGUCCAUUAGUAUAAGUGAAGAAACACAAACCAUAGAAUCAUCAAAUCCCGGUUUAUCGCCCCUAAACGAAAGACCACCCUCAACAGCCUCCUCGCUGCAACACAAUGAAGACAUCGAAUCAUUAAUGGAACCGCCCGCCGUAGAUUUAAACAUCUCCAUGGAUGGUAACAUAGAUACCGGCGACGAACAUAAUCUGUCCGCUGCCGGUCCUGUUCCUACUGUGCCCUUGGCUAGUUUAGUUAAUAAGAUUAAAAUAAAUAUAACCAAGAACACUGUAACCACAAAUAGCAAUACUAGUACUAGUAGUAGUAAUAAUGCCACAGCAUCCACAACGAUGUCGUCUAAUUUAAACCACAAUCAAACAGAUAGUUUAGGUCAUGUUGCCAAUCCUAUACCCACCAUCUCAACCAUACCGGUGUUGUGUGGUGGCGGUACCACAAUCAGUUCCAUAUCGAGUAGUCUAAUAGGUGGCAGCGGCAUCGGUGCUGGUAACGGUGGCGAGUUCGAUGAACACGAAGACUACGGUGAGAAUAGUGUAAGUACGAUUUCGGUUAUAGGCAGUUAUGGCAGCACAGUACCUACAAUUUCCCAUAUAAAUCGAACCGUUGUGUCAGCAACUCCCACUGUAACAGCACCAAAACCCGCCACACCGCCUCCCGUAGAAGAAACCAUAACAUAUGAUCUAAAACCUGCGCUACAAAAGGCUAGCUUAAGGAAAAAAGAAAAAGUGGUGUGCGGCAAUGAGACUUCUGGUCUUUGUUCCAUUAUGUAAACUGUUUUGUUAUUACAAAACGACUGCUGGAGUUAAUAGUAGUCAUUGUUUUUGUUUUGUUGAUGGUUGGGUAAGAAUUUCAUUACCAUUUGAAUCCAAAUUCCUACUACCUCCCUCACCCCCCCUAAGAAAAACAACCUCUUUGUAUAUAUUUAUAACUUUAAUGCGUUGGAAUUCCUUUAACAUGGAAAUAGGCUUUGGAUGCCUGUUAACUGCAACAACAACAACAUCAUCAUCUCUAACUAUUCGUUGAUUAGUAAUUAGUGUCUCUUUUAUUUAUAUAUAAACGUAUAUACAUAACAACAACAACAAAUAUGUUAAGUGUAACCAUAAUUAAAUACAAAUUUUAAACAUGGUUCGCCAUUUUCUAAAGGCCUCUCUCUCUCUUUGUGUUGUUGAGGGAAUAACACACUUUGAAAAUGGGUAAAUUUUAUUUUUUUGUUUUCUAUUUCAUUUUUUUUUAAUUUUAACUUUAUUACGUUCUUUCUUCUCUUUCUUCAAAUGGAUGAUCAACGUUUCAAAUCCAAAUUAUAAUAAUUUGGAAAAGUAAAUGUUUAGUUUCAAAGAACACACCCUUCCCCCCACCCCCUUCUCUUAGUACUUUUUUAUUCCUAUAUUCCUUCCUCUAAGUACUUUAUUAAUUUUAAUUUAUUAAUUAAUGAGAAUAUACAUAAUAUAUUAAAAAAAAACAAAAUAUAUAUAAAAAAAAAU